AUGUCCGACCCCGUGGAGCUUUUGCAGAGGUUGAUUCGACAGGCCGAAAAGAAGGGUACCCCUUCAUCAGGGUUCUUGAAGAUGUUUAGCGGAUCAGACUCAUAUAAGUACGAGGAAGCUGCAGAAUUGUGUAUUCAGGCUGCCAAUCUGUACCGCUUACGCAGAGAGUUGAAACUUGCCGGAGAUUCGUUUCUGAAAGCUGCAGAAUAUCAGCUCAAGGCAAAGAAUGAUGAUGAGGCUGCUAACACAUUCGUGGAAACCUACAAAUCUUACAAGAGCAGUGGAGAGUAUACGAAUGCGGUGGACGCCUUGGGCAGCGCUAUUGAAAUCUUCACGAAGAGGGGCCAGUUCAGAAGGGGAGCCAAUUUCAAGUUCGAAAUGGGAGAGCUGUUGGAAAAUGAGCUGAGUGACUAUCCAAAGGCAAUCGAAAGCUAUGAAACGGCCGGUGAGUGGUACGCUCAGGAUCAAGCGUUGGCGUUGGCCAACAAGUGUCUGAUCAGAUGUGCUGACUUGAAAGCGUUGGACGCCAACUAUAUAGAGGCAGGCGAGGUCUAUGCCAAGCUUAUCAAAAACAGUGUCGGCAAUAGACUCAGCCAGUGGUCUUUGAAGGAUUACUAUUUCAAAAUGGCACUCUGUCAGCUAGCAGCCACUGAUAUUGUCGCCGCUACAAGGACUGUGCAAGAGGGCAAAAACACAGAUGCUAACUUCGCUGAUUCCAGAGAGGCUGCACUUGCUCAGGAUUUAAUUGAGUGCGUAAGAGAAGGCGACAGUGAAGCCCUGAGUGAAAAAGUGUUCAACUUUGAUAAGUUUAACAAACUAGAUAAAUGGAAAACGACCAUCCUUCUGAAGGUGAAGGAAACCAUCACAGAAGCUGAUGACGAUCUAUUAUAA